CGCGUAAUCAAAGCAUAAAAACCUGACAGUAUGUGAUCAGACUCUUGCGGGAGGUGAUGGUAGUCGUGUAAUCCAAUUCACUUACAGAUCGAGUUACGUGGGUCCAGUCUUAACGGAGAACGACCACGAGUAAACGGGUGCAGCAAUUUCUCUUUUUCUUUAUGUUUACUGUUAUACGAUAAUUUUUGAGAUUAUUUUUUUUCAAUUCUCAAUUUUAUUGUUGUUUUUAUUCAAAUUUGUUAAAAAACUAUUGUGCUACAACCAGUAUCAUUGGUUUGUUACUGAAUUUUAUUCACCAGUUUGUCAGGCAUCAAUUUUUAUAAAGAUGAGGUUCACAAUGCUACGUGUUGCAUCUUGGAUUUCUACAUUGAUGAUUACACUUUUAAAGCCAUUUUUCUGGUUUCGUGAUCGCGUGCGUCCAUUUGUUCUGCCUCCAGCAAAAAAUCAACUGCUGAGUUACAGUGCCUGCGAAUUAGCAAAGAAAAUAAGACUUGGUCAGGUAACAUGCGAAGCUGUUGUACAAGCUUACAUUGACCGAAUAAAAGAAGUAAAUCCGUACUUAAAUGCUAUGGUCGAUGAUCGUUUCGAUGAAGCCCUGAAUGAAGCUAAAGUCUGUGAUAAAAUACUGAAGGAUAAAGAGAUACCAAUCAUACAAUUAGAGAAGGAAAAGCCAUUGUUUGGUAUUCCUUUCACUGUCAAAGAGUGCUGUAGUGUUAAAGGUCUCAGUUACACUGGUUGUACUGUAGCUCGUCAAGAUGUGAAAGCUGAUGAAGAUAGUCCUGCUGUUCAAAAUAUGCGAAAAGCUGGAGCGAUUCCACUUUGUGUAACAAACACACCUGAAUUGUGUUCUGGAUUUGAAUCUACUAAUCCUGUUUAUGGUAUUACUCGUAAUCCAUAUGAUGGAAGACAUUCAGCGGGUGGAUCUUCUGGGGGUGAAGGAGCACUUUUAGGUGCUGGAGCUUCAUUAAUCGGCAUUGGAUCUGAUAUUGCUGGAUCUAUUAGAGUACCAAGCUGUCAUAAUGGUAUUUUUGGACAUAAGCCUACUCCAGGAAUAAUUCCCAUUGAAAAACAUUUCCCCAUUGUGGAGAAUGAAGUAUACAAGUACUUCCUGGUUAUGGGCCCUAUGGCUCGAUAUGUAGAAGAUUUGCAUUUAGCAGUAAAAACCAUGUCUGCUGGUUACGCAAAAAAAGACUUACGUUUAGAUGAGCCAGUAAAAAUUGAUACUCUCAAAGUUCACUUUUUAGAAAUUAUUGAAAAUAAUUUUGGAGUUGCUCCUGUAAAUAGUGAAAUAAGAAGUGCUAUUCGAGGAGCUGCCAUGUAUCUUGAAAGUCAAGGAGCUAAAGCUUUACCAACAAAAAUCGAAGGGUUAAACGAAGGUUGUGAAGUUUUGACAUCAAGUCUUCUUACAAUACCAAACUUACCAAGAAUUUUAAUUCAUCCAAAUAAUCCUGAUAUUAAAGUUAAUCCAGUGCGUGAAAUGGCCAAAGCAGUCAUAGGAUGCUCUACAUUUUCGAAAUCAGCUAUUUUUAUGCAAUUAGUAACAGAUAUGAAUGGAUUCAUGCCACGUUCUGCUCUUCCUGAGUAUAGGAAAAAAUUACAGCAACUUCAAGAAAGACUUUUGAAACUUUUGGGUAAUGAUGGUGUAUUGUUGUUUCCAACGUGGAUAAGUGCUGCUCCACCGAUAGGCCAUUCAGCAAUGCUGACUACUGUAGGGGAAUAUUGUCUUCUAGCUAACGCUUGUGGAUUACCAUCAACACAAGUACCAGUGGGUCUUAACAAUAAAGGUUUACCUUUAGGAUUCCAGGUAAUCGCAGCACCUUAUCAAGAUCGCCUGUGUUUAGCAGUGGCGAAAGAACUGGAAAAAGGAUAUGGUGGAUGGACACCGCCAUUAACAAGUUAAUUAAAGAAUCGAAUAUGUUUUUGUAUUUUUGUUUACAAGAGUUGAAUAGAUGUUAACUAUUUUUAAAAUUAAAAAAAAAGAAUUAUUUGAAA